UAGAUUGACUAAUUGUCUCAUGUUGUUUGUUUAGAAGAAGUUAAGUGGUAUGUUUAUCCCUUGUGGAAUGUUUUUGCGGUGAGCGAAGCAGAAAACAGAUGAUGAAUUAUUGUAACAUCAAUUUUAAUUAGCAAGUGUAAUGUUUCUAUUUGUAUACGCUAACGACACACGCAGGCUCUCCACGGAGAAGCACAUAAUUUUGUCACAAGUUUAUAUAUUCUCUAAUUUUCUUGAAAUCACAAUAAUAUGCUGUAAAAAAGCGGAAAAAGAAAGAAUCUUUCCCUUUUCGUUCCAACAGCGCCUAAUAUUUUACAAAGGUUUCGGAAAUAAUCGUUUACGUGAGGCUCGUCUGACUCAUGCAGGACAUAAAGCAGCUUAAAGAGAGCAUGAAGAGUAGUUCAACGAAUAGCAACAUUAAUAGUUGAACUCAUGCCACUCGUUACGUGUAAUUAGAUUAAUUAAGACAUGAAGAAUGAUCAACAACCUAAAAGCUGAGCAAUAUUUGAUGUUGCGGUGUUUCUGUCAAUUCUUAAGUAUUGCUAAUGAACGAUUUGCAAUGAAACAUUGGAUAAUAAGAACCAAGGCACUGAGGCGUUGAAUUUCUAAGGAAGAAAAUAGUUGGCCGGCGUGCUUACUAGCUCUUUUGUUCCUGUUCAAUAAAAUGUGCUAUCUACCCUUUUUCAAUGGGCGUAUGUUUAAAGUUUAGUUGAUAUUCUUUGUGAACUUCUCAGCAAUUUUGGGGACCUGCUUCAGAUCAACGCCUUCCCCCGUCUUUGUCAGAGUGCGGGGAAAUAAUUACCUCGAUAAUGACAUACCAGAUUUUAUUAACUUAUCCUCAACAAACAGCCUCCAUCAGACGCAAACUGUCUUCAAGCCAAGCAGAUACAACUUGCAAACUAUUUGACGCGAUGGGUUUGAUGUAUUACUUUGCAAUUUACGUUUUUUUAUUUGAAGCUUACGGCAUACCAACAUCGCUCCCAAGUUCUCCGCCAUCAAAUACGAUUUAUGAAGGAAAUCAACUUGUGCGUUUAACACCUCAUUCCGUGGAAUCGUUGCACCACCUUGAUGAAUUUCUUCACAAUCAUAAUAUGGAUGUAUGGUAUCACUCAAUCAUCCCAGAACAACCGUGCGGUGUGCGUGUGCGCUUGGAAGACAUUGCAAUCAUAAAAAUAUUUUGUGAAAGAGAAGGAAUAGAUUUUUUUGUCAUUAUAUCCAACAUCAAGACACUGAUUGAUGAGACGUACGAAAAAAAUGACGUUUCAAGCAGCUGCUUCAAUUAUACUAACUACAACAGAUAUGCUGACAUUCGAAAAGAGUUGUGUCGACUAAAACGACGUUAUUCAAAUCUUCUUCGUGUGUGCGUGAUUGGUUAUUCGCAUGAAGGAAGAAAAUUAUUGGUUGUUAAGGUUUCAAACGACGUAUGGCAUUCUUCCCAUAAACCAAUUAUAUGGAUUGAUAGUGGUGUACAUGCGCGAGAAUGGAUAUCAGUAGCAUCUGGAAUGUUUAUGUUAAAACAGUUGUUGACAGGGUAUGGUAAAAAUGCGAAUAUCACACAGCUUCUAGAUGAGCACGUGAUCUACUUCGUACCUGUGUUUAACCCUGACGGUUAUGAAUACUCCUUUACAAAUGAUCGGUUAUGGCGAAAAACGAGAACUAACUUUGCUAAUUCACCGUGUAUCGGAGCUGAUGCGAAUAGAAAUUGGAAUGUGCGAUGGGGAGGAGUCGGUUCAAGCUCUAACGCAUGCGCACAAAUAUACCACGGAGUAGAGCCUGAGUCCGAACCUUGUGUUAAAGCAUAUGCAACAUUGUUGAGGAAAAAGCAAACCAUGUUGAAGUCAUACUGGAGUUUACAUUCUUUCUUUCAACUUCUGCUACUGCCUAACUCUUACACUACGACCCUACCAAGCGAUUUUGCGCAGCUGAGAAAACUAGCAGUUAUAUUUCAACAGGCCAUUGCGAGAAGACAUAAUACCUUGUAUGCGUUUGCGGCUGCUCCAUUUCUUAUAGGUCCUGUGUCCGGGGUAUCGUUAGAUUACGUCCACGACGAACUUAACGUAACACACUCCUACAUCGUUGAAUUGAGAGAUAGGGGCGUGUUUGGAUUUUUAUUACCAGCUGACCAAAUUCAACCUACCGCGGAGGAGACACUAGACGCUAUUGUUGAAAGCGUUUUAGCCAUCAAUUCUUUGUAAAUACACGACAUUGUGUUUGUAAACUUUGUAUAUAUUAUCAAUAGAAAUUAUUACAACUGUUAAAGCCGCUAUUCUUUCCCUGCUCUUAAAAGCUAAAAUUCCAGCACGGUUAAGUGUGCGGGCUUCAAGGCACUAGAGAUAUUUAUUCUCAACCGAAUGAUUUUGGAGCGUCUGAUAGGGCGGCACAAUUUCUGUUGACUAGAAGUAGAAUUGAUUUCUGCUUGUUGGCAAGGCAGUUUCAGAUCAACCCCGUACGCAGGGCUGUUUUUCUCUUUCUGCCAAUCUCGGACGGCGAGAAGAAAAUAGUUAUUUUUUCUCGUCGUCUAAGAUUGACAGAAAGAAAAGCCCUGGGGUCGAGGUUGGCUUCAGAUUUAAGCUCAACUUUCAAACAUAUCUAAAAACGCAAGGAAGAAGGGAGCCAUCCAAAAUAAAUUAUUAGAAAUAUUAUAUAUUUUUUUUAAAAAACAUAAAAAUU